CCAUCUUCCCUUCGUUCUACUUUCUUAAAAGCUCUCUUCUACUUCUUCUUCUUCUUAGAAUAAUUCAUCUAUUCUCUUCUCAUACCUUUCUUUUCUUUUGGUAGCUUGAAAAUAUAUAUACACUAAAGGGUUGCUUUGUGUUAUAUAUAAGAUAUAGUAUUUGAUUAAUAGUUCAAAGUUGAUUUGAUGGAAGAGCCUAUUGUGUUGAACAAAGGUGAAGAGCCUCUAGAUUUGCCUCCAGGCUUCAGGUUCCACCCUACUGAUGAGGAGAUAAUUUCUUAUUAUCUCACUGAGAAGGUGAAGAAUAGCGGUUUCAGUGCAAUUGCUAUUGGAGAGGCUGAUUUGAACAAGUGUGAACCAUGGGAUUUACCAAAGAAAGCCAAGAUAGGGGAGAAAGAGUGGUACUUCUUCUGCCAAAAGGAUAGGAAGUAUCCAACUGGCAUGAGAACCAAUAGAGCAACAGAAUCUGGGUACUGGAAGGCCACUGGAAAAGACAAGGAAAUUUACAAAGGGAAAGGGAACCUUGUUGGUAUGAAGAAGACCCUUGUGUUCUAUAAAGGGAGAGCUCCAAAGGGGGAGAAGACCAAUUGGGUCAUGCAUGAAUUCAGAUUGGAAGGAAAAUUUGCAAGUUAUAGUCUUCCUAAGGCAGCAAAGGAUGAAUGGGUUGUCUCAAGGGUUUUUCACAAGAACACAGAUCUCAGAAAGACCUCAAUUCCUGGACUUUUGAGGAUAAACUCUCUUGGGGAUGAUCUUCUUGAUUAUUCUUCACUCCCACCUCUCAUGGAUCCUACUUAUGUUAACACCAACGCCAACACCAACCACACCACCACUAACCCACUUUCAUCAAAUAAAUCACAAUCAGACGGCUAUUAUCUUCCCAGUUUCUCCAUCAACAGCAACCACCACCACCACCUUCUGAUGAAGCCACAAGACCACCACCAAAGAACCUACGAGAUUCCCACAAUUAACUACACUUCAAACUCCAACCAAGCCAAUCUCAGCAACAACGUUAACCCAAUGGGGAACAACACACUCUCACAGCCCUUAAACAUGUUCAAUGACUACUACAUGCACCAAAACAGGAUCAAAAGCUCCAUCAUGCCAAGUGUUGCAACAGGUUUUGGAAACAACAACAACAACAACCAUGAUCAAGCAAUCCUAAGAGCCCUUUCAGCCAAGAACAACGACCACUUAGGUGAAUUGGAGAAACAGUGCAAGAUGGAGCAAUUCUCCUCUAACCACUCACAAGACACAGGCUUAAGCAACGACAGAAACACUGACACAUCCUCGGUGGUUUCGAAGCAAGACAACAAUAACAACAACAUGGGAGGAAAUAGGGCAUUGUACGAGGAUUUUGAGGGUCCUUCUUCAGUUGCACCUCUCUCAGAUUUGGAAUGCCUGCAGUGGGAAGACUACUGAAAAAGUGUCAUGAAGAUAUAAAUUAAAGCAAGUUAGCAGAUCCAUGGUUUUUUCAUUUAGGGAUCAUAAGCAUCAUGCAUAGUGAUUACAUACUUUUUUUCUUUUGGUUGGUUUUCAAACAGUCUUCUACAUACUCAUUUUAUCAUUAUAAACAUGAUCAUACACAUUAUUAGACAUGAUAGGAAAGUUCUUGGGUACACAUACACUGUAUAGAUUUAUGAUAUCCAGGCCUUUUCGGUGUUAAUUAGUUUUUCUAUUUCAUAGGUUAUAUCGAGGGGAAGGACUUGAUGAAUCGUGUACAUCUAUAUUCUUUUGUUAUAUUAGUGGGUUUGUUUUAUUCUUUUCCUUGAUUUUUUUUUAGCUGCGUCAUCAUUUAUUAAUUCCAUGUUCAACUCGUCGCUUCUGUAUACAAAUCAGAAUUUUCUUUGUAUUAUUAAAUCUAGUUGAAUUCUUCCGAGUA